CUCCUGCAUGACGUACAGAGCCCGACCAGCCCGCACCGCUCGGCUCAGCUCAGCUCAGCUCGGAACCGUCCAGAGCAACAUGCAGGAUGGCGAGUGUGGAGACAGCCGCCGAACACGAGCGUAUCCUGCGGGAGAUCGAGAGCACAGACACCAACUGUAUCGGUCCGACCCUCCGGUCGGUGUACGACGGUCAGGAACAUGGCCUCUUCAUGGAGAAGCUGGACGCGCGGAUCAGAAACCACGACCGAGAGAUCGAGAAGAUGUGUAACCAUCACUUCCAGGGGUUCGUCGACUCCAUCACGGAGCUGCUCAAAGUGCGAGGGGAGGCGCAGAAACUCAAGAGUCAGGUGAUCGACACCAACAGGCGCCUCCAGGAAGAUGGCAAAGAGCUCACCGGCUCUAUGGAGGAGCUGAAACAGUGUCGAGUGCAGCAGAGGAACAUCGCUACCACCAUAGACAAACUGGCGCACUGCCUGCCAGUCCUGGAGAUGUACAGCAGACUUCAGGAGCAGAUGAGGGCUAAAAGGUACUAUCCGGCGUUGCGGACGUUGGAGCAGCUGGAGCAGACAUGUCUUCCAAGGGCGGGUCAGUACCGGUUCUGCUCCAUUAUGACAGAAAACAUCCCCAAACUGAGGAUCCAGAUCCGGGACACGGCCAUGACCCAGCUGAGAGACUUCCUGGAGAGCAUCCGGAAACACUCAGACAAGAUAGGAGAGACCGCCAUCAAACAGGCCCAGCUGCAGCGCUCAUUGGACAGCUCCGUCUCCACGCAGCCCAGGGCUCUGAUUGGCCGACGAAGCAGGAAGGAGGCGCCGGCGGUGGGGGCGGGUACGGACAGCGGCGGACAGGGCGGCAGUCCGGUGUCGGAACAGGACUCCGGCAUCCUGGAUGUGGAGGAUGAAGAGGAGGAUGAUGAAGUCCCGGGAGCUCACGACUUGGUGGAUUUCUCUCCGGUUUACCGCUGUCUGCAUAUCUACACUGUGCUGGGUUUGCGUGAUGUGUUUGAGAACUACUACAGAAAGCAGAGGAGGAAACAGGCUCGCCUUGUGCUGCAGCCCCACUCUAACAUGCAUGAGACUCUGGAGGGAUACAGGCAGUACUUCAAUCAGAUUGUCGGCUUCUUUGUGGUGGAGGAUCACGUCCUGCACACCACGCAGGGUUUGGUCAACAGAGCGUACGUGGAGGAGCUUUGGGAGUUGGCGCUGUCCAAAAUCGUCGCCGCCCUGAGGACGCAUUCUUCGUACUGUGACAACCCUGACCUGGUGCUGGACCUGAAGAACCUCAUUGUCCUCUUUGCUGAUACGCUGCAGGGUUAUGGUUUCCCAGUGUCACAGCUGUUUGACAUGCUGCUGGAGAUGAGGGAGCAGUACGGAGAAAUCCUGCUCAAGAGAUGGAACGUCACCUUCAGGCAGGUGUUGGACCAGGAUAACUACAGUCCCAUCCCAGUCUCAACAGAGCAGGAGUACAGACACUACACUUCCCAGUUUCCCCUGCAAGACCCUGAACUGGAAAAGCUUCCCUUCCCCAAGAAGCUUCCCUUCUCUGAGUUUGUGCCAAAAGUCUACUGCCAGCUUAAAGAGUUCAUCUAUGCUUGUCUGAAAUACUCUGAAGACCUGCACCUCAGUUCCACGGAGGUAGAUGAUAUGAUCCGCAAGUCGACAAAUCUGCUGUUGACCAGAACCCUCAGCCACUGUCUGCAGUACGCCAUUAAGAAGAAGAAUGUCGGGCUGGCAGAGUUGGUGCAGGUGAUCAUAAACACCACCCACCUGGAGCAGAGCUGCCACUUCCUGGAGGAGUUUAUAUCAAACAUCACAAAUGUCCCGCCCGACACAGUAAACGCCACCAAGCUGUACGGGACCUCCACCUUUAAGGACGCCCGUCACGCGGCCGAGGCGGAGAUCUACACCAGCCUGAACGCCAAGAUCGACCAGUUCCUGCAGCUGGCUGACUACGAUUGGAUGGCCGCAGUGCAGGGAGGCGGGACUCUGGACGCCAGCGACUACCUGAUUGACCUGAUCGCUUUUCUGAAGAGCACCUUCAGCGUGUUCACCAACCUGCCUGGUAAGGUGGCCCAGACUGCCUGCAUGUCGGCCUGUAAACACAUCUCCACCUCCCUGAUGCAGCUCCUGCUCGACCCGGAGGUCAGGCAGAUCUCCAUGGGAGCUCUGCACCAGCUCUACACCGACGUCAAGGAGUGCGAGAGUUUUGCCAGAGCCGGCCCGGUCGCAGGCUUCCAGGGUGACACGUUGCUUCUGGCCUUCAGUGACUUGAGACAAUUGCUGGACCUGUUCACGCAGUGGGAUUGGUCGACCUACCUGGCUGACUACGGCAAACCCGCCUGCAAAUACCUGAGGGUCAACCCACACACUGCGCUGGCCCUGCUGGAGAAGAUGAAGGAGACGAGCAGGAAGAACAACGUCUUCGCCCAGUUCAGGAAGACGGACAGGGACAGGCAGAAGCUCAUCGACACCGUCAUCAAACAGCUACGCAACCUCAUCGCACAGCACCACACCUAGAGCGAGCCGCCUGAUUGGCCAGCAGGCCCGAGGCCACCAUCCGGCCUGAUGGAAAGCAGACUUCGCUGAUCUGUUCAACCCUCCUCCUAUUGGCCGAUCUAUGCACCUUAACUCCACUGGACUCCACCAGCAAGCAAAACCAGUUCCUAUUGGUCAUCUUUAACAGGCAAUCUAAACCUGCAACAAGCUCAAACUGUUCAAUCUCAUUGGUUAACUGAAGCCACUGAUCCCAGAAUAACUAUAAAUGUUUUGACAGCUGUGGUUUUACUUCGUUUAAUCUGUCUGACUGAAACACGACUGCUUAUCAGGCCUCAGCUAAAGGAUCCUAUUGGUUACUUCCUAACUGAAGACCAGGAUUUAAGAAACUUGACUCUUGUUGCUUAUUUGAAACAUCAAAUAAAAAUGAGCUGAACUGAAAAACAAACAGAGGAUUCAUGGAUCUAAAAUGAGUGGUCUGAUUGGCCGAAGACGAGGAAGAAAAGAAGCUCUCUGUUAUCUAAUUGGUUCCUCCAAAAUCAUCUCCAUCCAAGGCUCUUAUUAUAGUCUAUAUUCUUCUUUAGCAACAAAUCUCAUGAAAAUACCAAACUAUGAACACACACUUUGUAGUUUAUUUUUGAAUCAGUCCCACAUACGUCGUCCCACUGCUGUCAAUAGACUAGAGUACCAAAUGUGGAUUAAUCCGCCCCUGAAAAUAGUCCCCAACAAGUGCACUGUGUCCUCCUGUUUGUAAAGAUUUACCUCUGUGGGAACCAAUGAGCUUGUAGCCGAGAGCCACAGGAGGAAAAACGUAUGGACACGUUGUUAGUUUUGGUGUUUCAGUGGGAUUUGUUCGCUAAAACCUCAUCCUGGAUCCUGCUCUUAAAGAUAACUUUGAUGUGGGAGAUUUCUGACCUGUGGAGACCAUUAAAAAAAAGCUCAAAUUACCACUAAAAGUAGCAUAAAAGGCAGUAAAAAGACCAUGCAAGUAAACAGAACCAGUGAGGAAAAGUAGCUGAAACCACAAAUAAGUCUAAAACCACACCUGCUCUUCUUCAAGCUGGAGGAACCUUCCCGCCUCCAGCUGUGAUGAAGCUCUCUGGCCCGACUUGUUGCUUCAGAUACUGGAUGCUGUCAGGCCUUGACUUACUUCUGCAGGGAGGGAACGUGCUCGUUUUGGCUGUAGACACCUUCGGGAGCUGUGUGCGAGGAUCCAUGUGGGGUUUUCCGUCUCCUCCUUCGCUGCCGACCUUUAAUGUCUUCCACUUCGCUCUCGCUCACUGUGGCACAGUGACGGAACACGCUGAAUGUGCAGAGAGGCUCGUCUUCCGUGGCAGAACAUCAUUGUAGGCUGUGGCGUUUUAGAAGCACUGAACUCGAGAUCAGGUCUGGAAAAAAAAAACAGAUAACAGAAUGUUACUGCAUUAUCCCUCAUUGUUUAAUAAAGGGGAAUAUUCACACAACAUGGCAACCUUUUC